GUUAUUCGUCCACCUGGUUGGCAAUGUUGUAACGGACAUGUGUUAUGCAACAACUGCCGCAGCCGUUCGCUCAAAUGUCCGGUGUGUCGUGUGCCAUUGGGACCCAGAGGACGCUGCCUGCUCGCGGAUAAAUUAUUCACCGUGUUAGCUGAGAGUUUUCCCUGUGAUGGCGUGCGAAGCAACCGAGUUUCCCCAAAGGAUACUCGCAAAUGCUCACCUGAAUUAAAAGCACGUCCCACGGCGAAAGCGACAGCACGAGAACAACAAACGCAAAGAAAUCAGCAGGAGCAACAACAACCACAACAACAACAACUACAACAAAUUAAAGCCAAAGAAAUGCAACAGCAAGAUAAAAAGAAGAAGGUCAAAACUGCUGCUGGUAGCCAAAAGAAUGUGACGAAUGGAAAAGUUGCUGCAAAGGAAUGCACAGCAACAGCAACAGCAGCGAUAGGCGAAGAAGUACAACAAGUAAACAGCGCGACUGACAAUAGCAUGUAG